AUGAAGCGACGGCAACCACCACAACCAUAUCCUCAGCUUGUUGCGACGGACGAAAUUUUGAGCUUGACUAAGCAUCAUAUUGAGACACUGCGGAAGGCUCGCAAUGAUAUCGUGAGAGACGUGACGCCUCAAAAUGCGACCUUCGAGAAUGUGGUUCGCCCACUCAUCAACGCACAGCAUACCAUUGAGGAUUCUUCAGGAAUGAUUACAGUGCUUCGAUAUGCUUCACCUGAUACAGCUACGAGGAAAGCCGCAGAGGUGGCUCGUGAUUUAUGGAAUGAGGCAUUCAGUGAGUUUAGCGAUCGACAAGACAUCUAUAUCUUGAUACAGGCCGUAAAGUAUCGCGCCGAGCCACUGGAUCCAGAAUCUACAAGAUAUCCAGAAGAGCUGUUGGCGGACUUUGUGCGUUGCGGUCAUGGAGUCCCGACUCGUGAGGGCAUCUCUGAGUAUGUUAAAAGGCGAGCGGCUAUCGAUGAACUGCGUGGUGAAUUUACGAAGAACGAUCCCCUUCGAUUGCGCGCUGCAGGGAAGACUCAGGUGGACAACAACAUUACCGAUAGUGGGACCUGCUUCGUUUCCCUGAACAAACACGAUAUCAACACGGUGGUGCACUGUGCAAAGAGCGCUGAUAUCAGGAGGCGUGCAUACAUCGCGAACAGCUCGAAGCUUCCUGUGAAUCUACCAAUAUUCAAGGAAGUGAUCUCACUCCGGGAUAAGAGCGCUCGUCAGCUGGGAUACACAAGACAUGCAGCCUACCGUCUUGAGAAGAGGCUUGCGAAGAACACCGACUGGGUGUACCACUUUAUGGAUGAUCUUGAAGAGACUCUCUUACCACAAGGAGCCAAGGAAAUAGCCGAAUUGAUGGCAUUGAGAGCGACACAUACCUCCCAAGCCAAGCAUGAAAAUGGCAAUGCUCAUGCGCUUUCGGCUUGGGACUAUCCUUACUUUAAAUGUCUCUCGCUCGAAGCUGUAUCUGUUGACCAAGAUAAGAUUGCGGAAUACUUUCCGAUCGAGAGUACAAUACUGCGUAUGCUUGAUCUGUUCUCGCAUUGCCUCCAAAUGAGAUUCAUCAAGGUCGCCUCACCUCCAGUCUGGACUACGAAAGUAGAGAACAAGAAUUUAUCGGUGACUGAUAUCUGGAUCUUGAGUUCCGAGAGAACAAGCAUCGUGGCUGUCAGAACGCCAAUCUUCAGCCGUAACGGGAAGCGCAAGUAUCCAUCGACUGUGCUCAUGUGCAACUUCGCGACCCACACGCCCGCAGGUUCUAGCUCUUGUACCGUGCUGAAGCAUUUUCGGGUCGUCUCCUUGUUUCAUGAGCUUGGACAUGGUAUACAUGAUCUUGUUUCACGUACUCAAUACUCUCCCUUUCACGGUUGGUGCUCGCCACCUGACUACGCAGAGGCUCUGGGUAUCAUGCUCGAAAACUGGUGCUGGUUACCCGAGGAGCUGAAACAGUUGAGCUGCCACUACACCACUCUGUGCCCCGGACUACUGCAAGAAUGGCAACUACAACAUCCAAACGAGCCGACCCCGCCAAUGUCUAUCCCUGACAGUCUGGUUGACCCUCUGAUCCAGCAUCGACACGCAUUUCGUGCUCUGUGCAUGCUCGGCCAACUUGCAGAUGCACGCCUCGAUAUGGCCGUCCAUGACCCUCCGUCUCAAGCAGCCUGCGCAGUCCUAGAUCCCACAACCCUAUACACAUCCUUGCACGAGCAACUCACCUUCGAGUCCACUUCUCCCGGCGAACGUGGUCAUCCACACGCAGACUUUACACAUCUUCUCUCCGGCUACGACGCAGGAUGCUGCAGCUACCUGAGCGCACAAGUGUUCGCGGCAGAUCUGUUCGCAGAGUUCAAAGAUGAUCCGAGGACCCAAGAGACCUGGGAGAGAUAUCGGACUACAGUACUGGAACGAGGUGCUAGUAUGGAUGAGUUGCAGAAUCUGUGUGAUUUCUUGGGGAGACCGCCGGAUGCCAAGGCACUUUUGUUGUCAUCCUAG